AUGUUUUCUAUGAAUGAGGAAAAUCUGAGUGAUGCCAGAGCUAAUGAUGGCAUGGUUGGAGUUGGAGAGUUGGAAAUUGUUCCUCAUAUUCAGGAGGAUGAGUUUGAGCAUGAUAAAAUCAGUGAAGAGGGUGAUGAAAUGGAUGAUAGGGAGGAGUUGCCGGCUGUUACAGCAGUUGAACCUCCUGUUGUCAAUUCAGAAUGGGAUGAUGGCAUUGAUAUUAGUCUUCAUCAAGAAUUUGCGACUAGAGAAGAAGUGAGGGAUUUAGUGGACAAAGGUGUGCAUUCCAAUUGUUUUCAGGUUGAUAUAAAGAAGUCGAAUCCUCAGGUUUACAUAUUGAAAUGUCGUGGGGCUGGAUGCAGAUGGUAUUUACGAGCUGCAAAGCUGAAGAACUCUGAUUUUUUCUCUAUCAGAACGUAUAGAAAGAUGCAUACGUGCUCUCGUGGAGAUGUAAGUGUCAUGAAGAAGAAGAAAAGAGGCACGCCAAGCUUGGUCGCAUCAGUGGUGCUCUCUGAUUAUCCCGGUAAAUACAAGACUCCGGAUCCAAAAACUCUCAUAGAUUUGGUGCAGAACAGAAAGACUCUCAUAGAUUUGGUGCAGAACAGACUGGGUGUUAAGAUGAAUCCUGAUACCAUUACACGAUUAGAAGUGGAUGAGAAGAACCAGUUUAAGUAUAUGUUCUUUGCGCUCGGAGCUUGCAUCGAAGGGUUCAAGGCGAUGAGGCAAGUGAUAAUAAUGGAUGGAACUCACCUGAAGGGUGUGUACAGAGGAGUGCUUCUCAUUGCCACUGCUCAGGAUCCAGAUCAUCAUCAUUAUCCCCUUGCUUUUACGGUAGUAGAUGAUGAUCCUCAGCUUGUAUUUUGUACUGAUAGAAACCAAAGCAUCAUCAAGAAAGUACACGAGGUAUACCCAUUGGCGAUCCAUGGAUAUUGCAAUUAUCACUUGUCUAAUAAUGUCAGCGGAGCUUGCAGCAAUGUUAACAAGAAAGGGGUUGCCAAAAAAUUUAGAGAUAUUGCUGGUAUUUACAGUGAGGUGGAGUUCAGAAAAUGCUACAAUGAUUUCAGGAAAAUGUAUCAUCAAGCGGCCGAGUAUCUAGAUAACAGUGUUCAUGACACAAAAUGGGUAUUAUGUAAAUUUCCGGGAGAAAGGUACAACAUAGACACAACCAACACUGUUGAUUCUAUCAAUGGUGCUUUGAAGGAACCAAGGAAAUAUGCGUUGUUGCCAAUGCUUGAUUUGAUCGUGGAAAAGAUAACAGAAUGGUUCAACAAAUACCGUCUAUUAUCUCUACAUGUACCAGAGAGGCAUAUACUAAUCCCACAUGUGCAUGGGAUAUUGCAUCACAUAUAUCCUACGGCUAAAAAGCUGAAGGUGACCGAACUAAAUACAUUUGAAGGUCACUACAAUGUGCUUGGCGAGAAUGGUCAUGGUUAUUUGGUUGAUUUGAGCAACAGAACAUGCUAUUGUAGGUAUUUUGAUAUUGAUCGGUAUCCUUGUGUGCAUGCACUUGCUGCCAUCAUGGCGCGUGGAGAAAUGGCUGAACAUUAUUGUUGUCUUCCCUCCGUAUGUGGAGAAAAAAAAGGAAGACUACAAGUUACUAGAUUCCCGUCUGCCGGAGAAUAUCGGAGGAAGAGAAAGAAGAAGUUUCCACCAUUGAUCGGUGAAAACAAAGAAAGUGGCAGUGAUUGCAGUGGCAGUGAUAGCAAUAGCGGUGGUAGUGACAGCAGUGACAGCAGUGGCAGUAAGAGAAAUGGGGACGAGGGAGGUGAUAACGAAGGAAAUGAUGAAUGA